AAUACAAAGUCGAAAAUAUCAAAUAAAACGUUGAAAUUAUGGUACAAAAAGUCAAAUUAUGAGACUAAAAAGUCAAAAAUAUGACAUAAAAAGUCAUAAAUAUGAGAUUAAAAAGUCAGGAUUAUGAGAUGCCAACAUUUAAAUAUGUGUGUGUUUUAUAGACGAUCUUUGAGGAGGAGGCGCUCCUGUCAAAUAGACGCUCGUCUUGCUGGUGGGCGUGGUCACAAUAAGUUUGCGUGGAGGGGCGGAGCUUGUAGUGUCUCCUCUCACACACACACUGACACACACACACACACUGACACACACACACUGUUAUCUGAGCGCGUGUGUGUGUGUGCGUGCGCGCGCGUGUGCCCAGGUGCAGCAUGAGCGCGCAGGUGAAUGUGACGCCGCGGGAACACCUGCACAAGGUGCUGGUGAUCGGGGACCUGGGCGUGGGCAAGACGUCCAUCAUCAGGCGCCUGGUGCACCACAGCUACUCCAGUAACUACCGCGCCACCAUCGGCGUGGACUUCGCGCUCAAAGUUCUGCCGUGGAAGACAGACACGGUGCGCCUGCAGCUGUGGGACAUCGCAGGUCAGGAGCGUUUCGGCAACAUGACCCGCGUCUACUACCGCGAGGCCGCGGGCGCCUUCAUCGUGUUCGACGCCACGCGGCCGACCACCUUCGAGGCGGUGGCCAAGUGGAAGGAGGACCUGGACGCCAAGCUGACCACGGCGGACGGGCGGGGCGUGGCCGCCGUGCUGCUGGCCAACAAGUGCGACCAAGGCCGCGAGAUGGGCGGCGGCGUCAAGAUGGAGCAGUUCUGCAGAGACCACGGCUUCGCGGGCUGGUUCCAGACCUCCGCCAAGGACAACCUCAACAUCAACGAGGCGGCCAUCUUCCUGGUCCAGCACAUGAUGGCGAGCCAGCCCGGCGUGCGGAGGAUGGCGGCGCCCGACAGCAUCAAGCCGCACCUCGGCCGCCGCCAAGACCCCGAAGGAUGCUCGGGCUGCCUCAAGUGAUGCCGGGACGCGUCUGGCGCCCGCCCGGCGUCCUCACAAACGGAUGGUCAAUCCCCUGACACUUUGCACACCUUUUAUGUCCGGUUGAACUUAUUUGUUUACCACUGGGAUUGUUCAUCUUCCGUCUGUUUCCAUGGCAACCGUAAUUCCCCUGGCACAAUUGUUAGCCUUCCGAACAUUAGCAUGCUAGCUUUUCCGCUAACGUUGCAGGUACACACCUCGGCGUCAAACAGAAAUGAUACCUGUUAGCAUGCUAGCUUUUUUGCUAAUUUUGCAGGUACACGCCUCUGUGUCAAACAAAAAUUAUACCAGUUAGCAUGCUAACGGUAGCGUGCUAAUUUUUUUUUUAAUUUUGCAGGUAUACGCCUCAGUGUCAAAAAUUAUACCUGUUAGCAUGCUAACAGUAGCAUGCUAACUUUUCUGCUAAUUUUGCAGGUACAUGCCUCGGUGUCAAACAUAUUUUUUGACAAAUUAUACCUGCUAGCAUGCUAACGAUAACAUGCUAGCUUUUUUACUAAUUUUGCAGGUAUACGCCUCAGUGUCAAAAAUUAUACCCGUUAGCAUGCUAACGAUAGCAUGCUAUUUUUUUGCGGAUUUUGCAGGUAAACGCCUGGGCGUCAAACAAAAAUUAUACCUUUUAGCAUGCUAAUGGUAGCAUGCACAUUUUUUUGCUAAUUUUGCAGGUAUACUGCUCUGUGUAGAAAAUUAUACCUGUUAGCAUGCUAGCGGCAGCAUGCUAGCUUUUUUUUUGCAAUUUUGCAGGUACACACCUCGGCAUCAAACAAAAAUUAUACCUGUUAGCACGCUAACGGUAGCAUGUUAGCUUUUUUGGGUUCAUUUUGCAGGUAUUCGCUUCGGUGUCAAAACAACUUUUUUUUGACAAAUUAUACCUUUUAGCAUGCUAACGGUAGCAUGCAAAUUUUUUUGCUAAUUUUGCAGGUAUACUGCUCUGUGUAGAAAAUUAUACCUGUUAGCAUGCUAGCGGCAGCAUGCUAGCUUUUUUUUGCAAUUUUGCAGGCACACGCUUCGGCGUUAAACAAAAAUUAUACCUGUUAGCACGCUAACGGUAGCAUGUUUGCUUUUUUGGGUUCAUUUUGCAGGUAUACGCUUCGGUGUCAAAACAACUUUUUUUUUGACAAAUUAUACCUGUUAGCAUGCUAAUGUAGCAUGCCAGCUUUUUUGCUGAUUUUGCAGGUAUACGCCUCGGUUUCAAACAAAAAUUUUACCUGUUAGCAUGCCAACGUUAGGAUGCUAGCUUUUUUGCAGAUUGUGCAGGUAUAUGCCUCGGCGUCAAACAAAAAUUAUACCUGUUAGCACGCUAACGGUAGCAUGUUUGCUUUUUUGGGUUCAUUUUGCAGGUAUACGCUUCGGUGUCAAAACAACUUUUUUUUUGACAAAUUAUACCUGUUAGCAUGCUAAUGUAGCAUGCCAGCUUUUUUGCUGAUUUUGCAGGUAUACGCCUCGGUUUCAAACAAAAAUUUUACCUGUUAGCAUGCCAACGUUAGGAUGCUAGCUUUUUUGCAGAUUGUGCAGGUAUAUGCCUCGGCGUCAAACAAAAAUUAUACCUUUUAGCAUGCUAACGGUAGCAUGCAAAUUUUUUUGCUAAUUUUGCAGGUAUACUGCUCUGUGUAGAAAAUUAUACCUGUUAGCAUGCUAGCGGCAGCAUGCUAGCUUUUUUUUGCAAUUUUGCAGGCACACGCCUCGGCGUUAAACAAAAAUUAUACCUGUUAGCACGCUAACGGUAGCAUGUUUGCUUUUUUGGGUUUAUUUUGCAGGUAUACGCUUCGGUGUCAAAACAACUUUUUUUUUGACAAAUUAUACCUGUUAGCAUGCUAAUGUAGCAUGCCAGCUUUUUUGCUGAUUUUGCAGGUAUACGCCUCGGUUUCAAACAAAAAUUUUACCUGUUAGCAUGCCAACGUUAGGAUGCUAGCUUUUUUGCAGAUUGUGCAGGUAUAUGCCUCGGCGUCAAACAAAAAUUAUACCUGUUAGCACGCUAACGGUAGCAUGUUAGCUUUUUUGGGUUCAUUUUGCAGGUAUACGCCUCGGUGUCAAAACAACUUUUUUUGACAAAUUAUACCUGUUAGCAUGCUAACAUAGCAUGCUAGCUUUUUUUGCAAUUUUUCCUCAGCGUCAAACAUCUGCUCACUUGACAAAUGAUACCUCUUAGCAUACUAACGGUAGCAUAAUAGCUUUUUUGCUGAUUUUGCAGGUAUAUGCCUUGGUGUCAAACACAAAUUAUGCCUGUUAGCAUGCUAGCUUUUUUUGCUAGUUUUGCAGGUACACGCCUCGGUGUCAAACAUUUUUUUUGACUAAUUGUACCUGUUAGCAUGCUAACAGUAGCAUGAUAGCUUUUUUGCUAAUUUUGCAGGUACACGCCUUGUUGUCAAACAUCUUUUUUGACAAAUUAUACCUGUUAGCAUGCUAAUGGUAGCAUGCUAGAUUUUUUGCUAAUUUUGCAGGUACACGAAUCGGCGUCAAACAUCUUGUUACUUGACGAUAAUAUCUGUUAGGAUGCUAACAGCGCAAUAUUAGCUUUUUAAGUGAAAUUUGCAGGUAUACACUUUUGCGUCAAAUAUUUUGUUGUUAGACUAAUUAUGCCUGUUAGCAUGCUAAUGGUAGCAUGCUAGCUUUUUUAAAUCAUUUAACAGUUACUCACCACAGAAUAAUAUAUUUUGGUACAUACAGUUAGAUUUUUUGCAUGCUAACAUUAGCAUGCUAGCUUUUUUAGAUCAUUUGACAGUUACUCAUCACAGAAUAAUAUAUUUUGGUACUUAGUUAGAAUUUUAGCAUGCUAACAUUAGUGUGCUAUCUUUUUUUUUGGAUCAUUUAGCAGGUACUCACUUCAGGUUAACAUAUUUUGGUACCUACAGUUAAACUUUAUGCAUGCUAAUAUUAGCAUGCUAACUUUGUUAGAUCAUUUAUCAGUUACUCGCCACAGAAAAAUAUAUAUUUUGGUACUUACAGUUAGAAGUUUAGCAUGCUAACAUUAGCAUGGUAGCUUCUUUUUUUUUUAUUAUUUAAGAGGUACUCCCUCAGAGUAAUAUAUUUGGGUACUUACAGUUAGAAUUUUAGCAUGCUAACAUUAGCAUGUUAGCUUAUUUUAGAUCAAUUAACAGGUACUCACCACAGAAUAAUAUGAUUUGGUACAAAGUUAGAAUUUUAGAAUGCUAACAUCAUUAUGCUAUCUUUUUUUUUUUUUUUUAGAUCAUUUAACAGGUACUCACCUCCAGGUAUAUAUUUUGGUACUUACAGUUAGAAUUUUUGCAUGCUAACUUUGGCAUGCUAGCUUUUUUAAAUCAGUUAACAGUUACACACCACAGAAUAAUAUAUUUUGGUACUUAGUUAGAAUUUUCGCAUGCUAACAUUAGCAUACUAGCUUUUUAGAUCAUUUAGCAGGAACUCACCUCAGGUUAAUAUAUUUUGAUACUUAGUUAGAAUUUUAGCAUGUUAACAUUAGCAUGCUAGCUAUUUUAGAUCAUUUAACAGGUACACACCACAGAGUGAUGUAUUUUGGUACUUACAGUUCGGAUUUUAGCAUGCUAGAUUUUUUUAGAUAAUUUAACAGGUACUUACAGCUAGAAUUGGAUCAUGCUAACAUUAGCAUUCUAGCUUUUUUAGAUUAUUUAACAGUUACCACAGAAUAAUAUAUUUUGGUACUUAGUUUGAAUUUUAGCAUGCUAACAUUAGCAUGCUAUAUUUUUUUAAGAUAAUUUAACAGUUACUCACUUCAGAGUAAUAUAUUUUGGAACUUAUAGUUAGAAUUUUAACAUGCUAGCUUUUUUUUUUUUUUUAGAUCAUUUAAGAGGUACGCCCCUCAGAUUAAUAUAUUUAAGUACUUACAGUUAGAAUUUAAGCAUGCUAACAUUAGCAUGCUAUCUUUUUUUUUUUUUUAGAUAAUUUAACUGUUACUCACCACAGAAUAAUAUAUUUUGGUACUUAGUUAGAAUUUUAGCAUGCUAACAUUAGCAUGCUAUAUUUUUUUUAAGAUUAUUUAAGAGUUACUCCCCUCAGAGUAAUAUAUUUAAGUACUCAGUUAGAAUUUUAGCAUGCUAGCAUUAGCAUGUUAUCUUUUUUUUAGAUCUUUUUAACAGGUACUCACAUCAGGGUAAUAUAUUUUGGUACUUCCAGUUAGAAUUUGAGCAUGCUAUCAUUAGCAUGCUAGCUUUUUUAGAUCAUUUACCCAGGAUGUCGUUGUGGUUUGUGUUGUGGUUUUGGCAGCCCUUUGAGACACUGGUGAUUUAGGGCUAUAUAAAUAAACAUUGAUUGAUUGAUUGAU